GAACUCAUAAGACACCUACGUCAAAAUAAGGAAGUUGAAAGAAAUCAAGAGAACCUGACAUUGGGACAGAAGUGAUGACAAUAUUGGAAUGGUGCGUCGGAAUUGCAACCAUCCUACUAACCUUUCUCAUUUAUUUUGGAUAUUUCUUUAAAUUUAAUGGUGUGAAAGAUUUAAGAACUGAGACUAAGGCUCGUAGCUUUUACGCGAGUAGUAAAAAUCGAAAGAUAGGCAAAAAACUACCGCCGGUCUAUCCGAACGGAUGGUUUGCUCUGCUCGAAAGUUCGCAGAUAAAAAAUGGUCAGGUGAAACACGUGUCUGCUCUCGGCGAAAAUUUUGCAGUGUUCAGAACCGAAAGAGGCGUUGUCAACAUUUUAGACGCAUAUUGCCCGCAUUUAGGGGCAAAUAUGGCAGAGAGUGGUCGUGUCAAAGGAGAUUGUCUGGAGUGUCCCUUUCAUGGCUGGAAGUUUCGCGGAGAGGAUGGCUACUGUGAGAACAUACCUUAUACCUCAAAAGUGCCACAUGUUGCCCGAGUGAAAGUUUGGAAGAGCUGCGAAGUGAAUCACAUUAUCUUCGUUUGGUACCAUUCUGAAUCAGCUGAGCCGGACUGGCAGCCCCAGCCGCAUACAUUUAUUUCUACAGGGGCCUGGCGCUUCCAAGGUCGCAACGAAUAUCUCAUUAACUGUCAUAUACAGGAUGUAACCGAAAAUGGACCUGAUACCAUACAUCUUAACGAGCUGCAUAGUCGACCUAUAUUCCUCUCUGACGAAUUUUCCUGGUUAGCUCGGCACUUAUGGAUCAUCUACACAAGAUGGCAACCUAACUGCUCAUAUAACAACCUCAUGACAGAUGAGGAUGAAAAUGAAACAAUAAAGACGAGCGCCAAAUUGAAAGAAGUGUCAAUCCAUCCAAAUGAAAAUGACAACGGAAAUAGUCACUUCACAGCGCAAUACAGAGACAGAAGUUGGGAGAAGCACAAGGCCAAUGUGCACUUGUGCCACAAAUUGAUGCUUCUAAAACGUUUUAGCACAAUGGAGUCCGAUGUACGCGCUGAGCAGAUCGGACCUGGCAUUAUCGAGCUAAAUGUCAAUACGUCGUUCGGAUCUUUGUACAUUUUAUUAAUAAUAACGCCGGUCGAACCGCUGCUACAACGGGUGAUUCAUCUGAUCUUCUCGCCACCUCUGCUGGCGCCAUACGCUAAUUUGCUUUUCCUGGGAGAAUGCACGAUGUUUGAGCGUGACAUUAGAAUCUGGAACUCCAAGAGAUUCGAACGACGUCCGAUUCUGGUGCGCGAGGAUCGUACCAUCCAAGUAUACCGCAAUUGGUACUCACAGUUUUACUCUGAUCAUAGUCCCACCUAUGAGACGGCCAUGAAAGAUUUACAAUGGUAGCAGUACCUCCUUCUUGCAAUGUAACUCGUAUAAUUUCUAUUAUAUUUGU